AUGUCCUUAGUGGCCUACGCCAGCAGCGAGGAGGAGCGGGAGGAGGAGGAGGAGGAGGAGAGCGACGAGGGCGCCGCGGGGCCGGGGGGGCUCCUCUCGGCCCUGCCGCCGGCCCGGCCCGGCCCGGCCCCGAAGCGGCGGGCGGCGCAGCCCGUGCGGAUCGUGGCGCCGCGGCUGCGCGAGGAGUCCGACUCGGAGGAGGACGAGCCGGCGCCCAAGAAGCCCGCGCGGCCCGCCGGGCUCUCCGCGCUGCUCCCGCAGCCCCGCCGCUCGCCCGCCCCGCCGGCCGGGCCCCGAAGGCCGGACCCCGCCGCGCCGCCCUCCCCGUCGGCCAUCAAGGCGGCGGCCAAGAGCGCGGCGCGGCAGGUGGCCCGACAGGUGGCCCAGGAGGGCGAGAGCGAGGCGGCCCCGCAGCCCUUCUACGCGCCGCCCCCCCCCGCCGCCGCCGCCGCCGCCGCCGCCGCCCCCUUCCCCGACGACCUCCCGCCCGGGACCGAGCCCGACGGCCAGGACGGCGCCGCGGCCGACGCCCCGCUGGAGUUCAAGACGGCGCCCGGCGCCCGGCCCGCCCCACCCGGCUGGCCCCCCGCGCCCGGCCCGGGCUAUGGCGCGCCCUACGCGGGCUAUUACGGCGGGGGCUACUACCCGGAGAGCGACCCGGCCUUGGGGCCGCCCCCCGAGGGCAGCGCGGACGCCGCCCCCGCCUCCUUCAUGGACGACGAAGCGUUCAAGCGUCUCCAAGGCAAGCGCAACCGGGGGAGAGAAGAGAUCAACUUUGUGGAGAUCAAGGGUGACGACCAGCUGAGCGGGGCGCAGCAGUGGCUGACCAAGUCGCUGACCGAGGAGCAGAACAUGAAGUCCUUUAGCAAGAAAAAGGGGGAGCAGCCCACGGGGCAGCAGCGGAGGAAGCACCAGAUCACGUACCUCAUCCACCAGGCGAAGGAGCGCGAGCUGGAGCUGAAGAACAGCUGGGCAGAGAACAAGCUUAGCAGGCGCCAGACGCAGGCCAAGUACGGGUUCUAGUGGCCCUCCCGGCGGCAUGGCUGGCCAGCUGAGGACUGCCCUGGUCCCGAGUGGGGAUGGAAAGCCGGGGAUCGUGCUCUGAGAGGCGGCAGAAGCAGCUGGAAAAGAGCCGGGGGAGCUGCCAGAGGCCGCGCAUCUGGGCGCCUCGUGGGACGGCCCUGGCAGGGCAGAGGGGGCACGUCUGAGUUUGGGGGCUCUUCUCCCCUCGGUUCAUGAGACGGCCCGGCUUCCCUCUGGCCGCUUUUCUCUCAAGUAGCCACCAAGACACGGGAGGGGGGGGCCGUCCGGACUGGGGCUGGCCGCCAUCCCCACCCCAUCCCUCAGAACUGCCUACCUGGGAGGCAGAGGGCUGUUCCAGUCACUCUGGACGUCUUGCUUGACUGUGGGGCUGCUUCUUCCCCCCCCCCCCCCCCCCGUGUAUAUGGGUGUUUGUUGUCCCGACCGUGUCUUGGUCCUGCUGCCGGCCAAGGCAAGUUCUUGUUUUUGUGAAUUGGCAUCGCUCCCCACCUUCCAGUUUUAGUUUGCAGAGUGUCCUCAGAGCCUCCCCAGGACUCAGGGUUUCGGUCCCAGGGGCUGGUGGUCCCACCUUCCCCUGCAGAGCAGCCCACCCCCCAGGGAAGCCCUCUAGCACAGUCCAGGAGAUCCUCUCCUGCCCUGAGUAAAAGCAGCCGGAGACCUUUUAAAAAAAUUGUUUUUGCAGCUUAUUGAAUUUGUUUUUCUUGGCCCAGCCCCUAAAGGGGGAGCACUUUUCCACUUGACUGGGCUGGCGGCCUUGCCUGCUGCUCUGCUCCUCGAAUGGCGGGCGAGCAGACUCGGGAGGGCCAAGCCAGGGGGUCUUUCGUCUCGCCCGCCUCCAUUGCUCCUGCAGCCUCAAGCCGCCUCUCUGCUAGGCCUUCCCUCCCCCUCCCCCCUGCUUCUGGUGGUCUUCGUUUGCGGGCACCGUGUCCGGAUUGUAGCCGUUUCCUGCCGAGAGGACGUCCCUCUUUGCUGCAAAAUAUCUGUAUUUAGGUUUGUUUGUUUUUUUAAAAGGAUCUUGGUUUAUUUCCCUGGACACUUUAGUACUUAGAAAAGCUCCCUGUCCCUAUUUUGAAUAUUCAAUAAAUAAAACUCAUUCAGUAA